UGUAUACUCUCAUCUCUGUCAAUGAGUGAACUGCAUGGGUACUUGAAAGUGGAUGCUUUCUUUGCCGUGUAUUUAUAGAAUGUCUUCUCCUAACUAUAGAAAAACGUGACAGCUCUCCACAUGGCCUGUGUGAAUGGACAUGAUGAGGUGGUGAGGGUCCUCUUAGCAGCCAAGGCUACGGUCAACACGCAGAGCAAGUCGGGUCAGUCCCCUCUCUGGGCGGCCAGUUUCAAAGGUCACCUGAAGUGUGUGGAGCUUCUAAUCGAUGCUGGAGCCAAUGUUGAUAUACAAAAUGAGGAUGGAACCACUGCGCUGUUUGUAGCUGCUCAGAAUGGUCACUUGAGGGUAGUUGAAGUGUUGAUUGCGGCUAAAGCUCAGGUUGACAUUCAACGGAAGGACAACGUGACAGCUCUCCGCAUAGCCUGUCAGAAUGGACAUGAUGAGGUGGUGAGGGUCCUCUUAGCAGCCAAGGCUACGGUCAACACGCAGAGCAAGUCGGGUCAGUCCCCUCUCUGGGCGGCCAGUUUCAAAGGUCACCUGAAGUGUGUGGAGCUUCUAAUCGAUGCUGGAGCCAAUGUUGAUAUACAAAAUGAGGUGAGUGUAUCUAGCUGUACACAUCUCAGAGAUUGGCUAGUCAUAGACCUCACCAUGUCCUGGUGAUGUGAUAUACCAUAUAUCGCAACAUUUUCGUGGAUUUCGUGGGUUAGCAAUCCUACACAGAAAUAAAGUCCACUAAUAUAAAGUCCACUAAAAUUGUUCUUUAAUUAGAAUUAUCUGCUAUAACGUGCAGAGAUUUAAAGGCGUGGUUUCCGGUAAACAGUCAUUCCGCAAACAUUGUGCAAGGAAAUGCUUUUAAAGGCCAAUCCACGAAAUAUAAGUGCCUCGAAAUGUUCGUGCUAUACGGUAUAAUUAAAAAUAUUAAAAUGAAGCCCCGCCCACUAAUUGAUCAGUGGGGGUGGUCCGUUUUGUCGAAGCACUAUUUCACUUUUCUAUUGAAAAAUCGGCGUUUAAACACUAAGUCUACUAGCUAUUGCUGCUGCUCAUUAUACUUAGUUCUAUCUAAGCUAACAACUCACUCUAGCGCUUAACCCUCCUGGUUUUUGCAAGGGAGAAAUAACAGAAAGUUGUUUGAUGUAGCAGUCUCAUCUUGGAUAGUAGGCUUCCCAGGGACACGGUCAACAAUUUUUUGACAAAGUACAAGGAUAAAUCAGCUAAGGAAGGCUUAUGGAAGUCAUCUAUUGCCUCGCAAGCUUUACUAGAGGGUGUUUUAAACGCCGACUAAGUCACUUCUCUAAACUAGCUGAAUUACUGCAAAAUGAAAAGGGAGUGGUACGUUGAAGUAAUGAACGCGUGGGUGGAACCAUGGCGACCGUGUGGGCGGGGCUUAUAAUUUGCAAAUUCAGCAAUAAUUGAAGGUCCCAGUCCUUAAUGCACCUGAGUAGGAAGAACGUGAAAUAUCACACUGUUUAAAUCGAUAUCUUUACUCUCUGACAUUAAGUAUCAUUUGUUAUUAGCCUCGUCCCCAGGCUUUAAUUUUUCUUGUUCUUGUCUGUUCUCAAUAUAUAAGCUAGGAUGAUGGGAGGCACUAAAGAAGGACGUGAAAGAAAAAGUAAAUCCUGGUAUGCGAAGUCGCGUGAUCCACAUACGUUUUUAUGAACGUGGGCGAUAUGUAGCCCACAAUCGUGACGUAGAGUAUUCUCCCUCGCAUUAAUUAAGACACUAGAAAAUCUACCAGGCCAGCAGCAGACCGAGAGACCAAGCUCAGUGCAGAACCAGCAUGCCCAGCUCUGAUAGCAAGUAGCUUAGUAGCUACCUAGAUGAUAAUGAUGACUAAGAUAUUAGUCUAGCAGAUCUAGCUCAGCAUAGCACAACAAAACUAGAUUAUUUUAAUAGUAGAAUCUAGCUACGUAGAUCUAUAGUACUAGUAUUGGUAUAACUAGGUAUAGCUAGCAAGCUUGUAUAACACAUUAAACUGUUUGCCAAUUCCAAGUUUAUGGUCAUCAUGUCCACACAGUUUAUUUGUCAUAAUUAUAGUAUAGAUAUCGAGGUGUGGGGGCAGUCCAAUAUCUCAACCUCUACCUGCCCAUGCUCAAUUUCACCCUUCUACCAUCCUUCUACUGUCACGCGACUUUGCAUACCAGGCUCUCCUUUUUCUUAACUUUCCCUCUAUUCUAAUACCGUAUCUUAUCUUAUUGAACGAUUGUGACCAAAGAAUAGAAAAAAGGAGAUCCUGGGAACGUGUUAUUCUAUGAGGCCAUAAUUAUCAUUAUUCUAUCAGAUCAUUUUAAUAAUUAUUUAUGAUUAUACGAAUCAAAUUAUGAAUACUGUUUUUCGCUGUUAUUAGAUACCACUUGUACUUGUGUGUGUUAGCAGGGAAUUAUGAGCCAUAAUCUCAUAGUUUCAGGGAAUUAUAAGUAUAAACUAUGUACAAGUUUAAUUUUUUUUACAGUACAGAAAUGAUGAAUAAAGUUGUAUGAUGAUAAUUUAUUAGCCAUAGCUACUAAGGCUGUUCAGUUUUUUCACUACCAGUUUCUAUAUACAUGUAGCGUUCAGUUUUUUCAUUAAACCAGUUGCACUUGUUGAUGGUAGGGUUCACAAGUAAGUUUUCUUAUCUCUACGAGGAACACUGAAAGCCAAUCAUUUUAGGUUCAUUGUCACAAGCAGGUCUUCUAGGCAUUUGUCAACUUUGUCCUUCUGUUCCUAUCCUGCAGUCAUAUUUUCAAAUUUCAAAUUGUUUACUGCAUACCCAUUCAGUAGAAUCUUGUUUCUUUUUGGGAAAGUGUAGCAAGCUGUUCCUUGCUAGCUAGCUAGCCGUGCAGAACUUCAUAGUUAUCCUCUAGCUUGUCCGAAACAGUGCAUUCAGGGCCAAUGCGAAGGUUUUUUAGUAGAGAAGCAAAAAUCAUCCUUUUAGAACAGGACAUUUUCAAAAAUAAAGCUGUUGCUAAGGCUUACUACUUUUAGAGAUACACUUCUUGGGAUAGUACAUAGCCAAUGAAAAGUGGGAUCUAAAUCAGUUAGUACAUGUGCAUUCGAUAACUAUGGUUAUAGUGUCCCUAAAAUAUCAUCCCUCGGUAUUUGGGACACUAUAUAACACAUAGAUACCUCAUGCUCAUGUACUAACUAUAACUUAAAAACAAUAGUGCUGUAGGUACUCGGUGUAGGUGCCCUGGGUAACCCACGGGUAUGCCACAUAUAUACUAUGGUGCUAUAGGUACUCUGGGAGAGGGUGUAUGCGCCGUACACCAUUGGGUGACCCAUGGGUAUGCCACGUAUACUACGGUGCUAUAGGUACUCUGGGAGAGGGGCUAUGCGCGCCGUACACCUUUGGGUGACCCAUGGGUAUGCCAUGUAUACUAUGGUGCUAUAGGUACUCUGGGAGAGGGUGUAUGCGCGCCGUACACCUUUGGGUGACCCACGGGUAUGCCAUGUAUACUAUGAUGCUAUAGGUACUCUGGGAGAGGGUGUAUGCGCGCCGUACACCAUUGGGUGACCCACGGGUAUGCCACGUACACUACGGUGCUAUAGGUACUCUGGGAGAGGACUAUGCGCGCUGUACACCAUUGGGUGACCCAUGGGUAUCCCACGUAUACUACGGUGCUAUAGGUACUCUGGGAGAAGGCUAUGUGCGCUGUACACCAUUGGGUGACCCACGGGUAUGCCACGUAUACUACGGUGCUAUAGGUACUCUGAGAGAGGGGCUAUGUGCGCCGUACACCAUUGGGUGACCCACGGGUAUGCUACGGUGCUAUACAUAUUUAGGUACUCUGGGAGAAGGCUAUAUGCGCGCUGUACACCGUUGGGUGACCCACGGGUAUGCCACGUAUACUACGGUGCUAUAGGUACUCUGGGAGAGGGGCUAUGUGCGCCAUACACCAUUGGGUGACCCAUGGGUAUGCCAUGUAUACUAUGGUGCUAGCUACACAGCAUUACUUGAGUGACCCAUAGGCAUAAUUAUGGUGGUAGCUAUAGGUUACCCAUGGGUAUGCAACAUAAGGGGAUAGCUAUAGAUGCAUACACUUGACCCAUAUAUGUUGAUGGCAUUACUGGACAUGGAUGAAUGUUGAUACACAAAGAGAGGUGAGUGUAUCUUGCUGUACACAUCUCAGAGAUUGGCUAGUCAUAGACCUCACCAUGUCCUGGUAAUGUGAUAUACCGUAUAUCGCAACAUUUUCGUGGAUUUCGUGGGUUAGCAAUCCUACAUGGAAAUAAAGUCCACUAAAAAAAUUGUUCUUUAAUUAGGAUUAUCUGCUAUAACGUGCAAAGAUUUAAAGGUGUGGUUUCCGGUAAGCAGUCAUUCCGCGAACAUUGUGCAAGGAAAUGCUUUUAAAGGCCAAUCCACGAAAUAUAAGUGCCUUCGUGCUAUACGAUAUACAGGGUGUCAUACAGGAUUUUGAAAUAGAGGGGGGAAAUGAGAAAAGUAACCAGAGGAGGUUGCUAAAAAAAGGUCAACUGUUAAUUCAAUACCCAGCUAUGGACACUCGUCACAGGGUAGUAAGCAAGAGUUACUUAGUGAGUCCACUUAAGUAAGCAGCAAAUUCUUGGUAUCUAGUAUUCAAUAGUGUGCAGAUCGAUGUAGCCACGUUCUGUUGUAUUGAUCGUAUCGGCACGGUGUUCUGUUGUAAAUAACACCGUGCCGAUACAAUGAAUACAAACCUACAUUUGAUAUAACAGUGUACUAGCUGAUUCCAUUCUCUGUGUGUACUCUAUCUCUGUCAAUGAGUGAACCUAGUACUUGAGAGUUGAUACUUUCCCAUGUGCUGUUUUUAAACCGUCUGUUAUGUCAAACGCCGUUUACUAAUGCGGAAAUAAUUAUUACUGACCAACCUAAAGCCAAUUCUCUGUGUGUAUACUCUCAUCUCUGUCAAUGAGUGAACCGAGUACUUGAGAGUGGAUACUUUCUCAGGUGCAUUAAGGACUGGGACCAACAUAAAAAAGACAUUUAUAAGAGGCACUUCAACCUGCUGUUGUUUACUGUGUAUACCAAUCUGUGUAAAACUUUUAUGAUGAAAUGAAACACUAGCUUCCAUUAUCUCUUUCCUUGGCAAUCUGUUGUAGAAAUUACAACAAUGGGUAAGGAAUCGUUAUGAUGAAUUAGAUGAAGUUGUAUGUGAGCUCCUCCCUGACAAACAAACUGUAGUCUAGGUAACCGCCUUAUCAGUCAAGUAGGCUAAAAAUCUGUGUCCUUUGAUGUAAGCUUUGAUGUCUCUUUGUGCAUAUGUAGUUAUAAAAAAAAAAAAAAAAAAAAAAGAAACCUUUGACUAGCUAGGAAGAGUAGCAGCAGUAGGCAGCAGUAGUAGUAGCAGUGCAAGCAGGACUAGACUAGAUUAAAAAGUUGGUGGAAAGAAUAACUGACCGUUUGGACGUCACCUGGCUGCCAGACUUUCAUCUGGACUCUUCCCCCUGAGUAGCUGGCCUUUCUCUAAGCCACAAAACUGAGCAAGAAGCUGAAGAAGCAGCUAGACAGAGACAUGUACCUAGCCUUGAGAAUUGGGAGGCGUGGCUCAACUAGUUAGCCCAGCCCAGAGGAAUUGUUACCGUGGGUACUGAACAACCGUAGAAGUAGGGCUACCCCUGGCUUUACUGAAUUAACUAGCUGUGUCUGCUGUCUAGUUGGACCAGAUUUAGCUAGAUAAUGGGGUAGAGAAUAGUUGAGCGGUGCUGUGUGUAGCUUGAACUGUACUGGCUGGCAAGAAUCUAGUAAGCACCCUAUGCACUGAUAACUCGUCAGAAUGGAGGGUAUGUUCUAGGGAUCUGGACAGCUGUACAUCCAAAGGAGCCAGGGAGUGCCAAUCAUCUUCUCCCAGUCUCUGACACGCUAAACAAAAGGAGCUAGAACUGGGAGUCCCAGCUAGAAUUGCUAGCCGGAUCUAGACUAAUAGAAUGACUUGGAGGCGUGGUGAGGCGGGAUCCACACUAAUUGAUCGACCUAAAGACGCUCCUGUUCCAGAUUUCACGAAUGGCAAGGAAAGGGUUAUUUUUCAAAACUUUUGAAUCCAAAUGGAGCUGAUUGGACUCCUUGACACUGUCAGCGAGCUUGAGCACACUGUCAGAGAGCUUGAGGAGGACCAGGAAGUCUGUUAUGACCAUGACGAGCCCAGUGAUGACGAUUUUGAGACAGAUCUGGAGAGUGAUUCAGAUGCUGCAGUGGAGGAUGAUGACGAAAUGGUCGAUGGCAUGGCUCCGACUCCCAAACGGAGGAAGCUGGCGAGGGACAAUGGACUCCAAAAAGCUAAGUCCACAGGAAGAUACCCCGUCUUUGGCGGUGUGGUCGGUCCUGUCGAUCAACUUGAUCCGUCUGUAACUCCAUGCCUAGAUUUUGUUAAGUUACUUUGGCCCGAUAGUUUGUGUGAGUACAUAGCCGAACAGACCAACCUGUACGCUAGGCAGUGUGGUGCUAAGGGUUGGUCAGCUACAAACAGUGCCGAAUUGUGGGUGUUUUUGGGGAUUGUACUAGAGAUGGGCAUUCAUAGGCUCCCUGAAAUUACGGACUACUGGUCCAAGGAUCCCCUUUUAGGUGUACAAUGUGUGAGCAAUGUAAUGUCGCUCAAAAGGUUCCAAAGUUUAUGGCGGUAUCUGCACUGUGAGGACAAUACGUCCAUCACUGAUGCACGUAAGGUAACUAGCAAGCUAAAAACUGUUUUAGAGACUCUUAAAGCCAACUACUUCAUGAGGUAUAAUCCCAGUCAGGAGCUUUCCGUUGAUGAGAUGAUGAUAAAGUACAAGGGUCGUAAAAGCGGGAAAAUUCAUAUGCCCAAGAAGCCUGUUAAACUGGGGUUCAAGGUAUGGUGCUGCUCAUGUUCAUGCUGUGGGUAUCUCUGUGUGUUUGAUGUAUACAGUGGUAAGCUCACCGAUUCCUCUGGGAAAAAGAUAGCUGUGAAAGGGCUUGUGAAAAAUGUAGUCCAUCGUUUACUCACUCCUUUUUAUGGUCAUCAGCAUGUUGUGUACAUGGACAACUUUUACACGUCCGGUCCAUUGAUAGAAGAGUUGGCUAAGCAAAAUGUGUUUACUGUCGGCACAAUUUUGAAGAAUGCUGCUGGUUUCCCAGCAAGUCUUAAGGAUGUGGUACUCGACAAAGGUGACUAUACGUCCAUGACUGUUGGUGAUAUUUCUUACUCUAUGUUUAACGACCGUAGAGUUGUGUCCUUUGCAACAAAUGUGUUCCCUGACCAUAUGCCCCACACUGUAAUGCGAAUGCACAAAGACGGUACCCUACGCUCUCAGAGUGUCCCCCCCUGUCUCCCUGCAUAUAACAUGUACAUGGGAGGAGUUGACAAUACAGGGCGUAUGAGGAAAACCUAUGGGUACGAUAGAAAGUGUCGGCGGUAUUGGUUCAGGAUUUUCUUUCAAUUCCUUGACGUUAGUGUGAAUAAUGCAUACAUUCUAUACAGGCACAACUGUGUCAGGGUGGGUUCAAAGGCCAUGCCUUUGAAAGGGUUUCGAUUGGAACUAAUUCAUAGUCUAUUGGGUGUGCCACGUACUCGUAGCAGUGCCUCAGGUCUGGCCAGUCUAAAUAUCGUUUUCCCCCCAUCACAGGGCGCACGUGUGAGUGCAAAUAGUGUCGGAGUGUCUCGUGGGCGCUGUCAAGUGUGUGUUCGGGAGAAGAUCCCUAGCAGAGAGCAGCAACACACUGCAAUGGCAUGUCCCCACUGUCGCAUAAGAAUAUGCAAAGGACACUCUGUUAUCGGACACACAUGUGCUAGCUAAUGUGCUGUGUGACUGAUUUUUGUUAGAUGGUACUCUCCUGGUCUAAAUUGGCCUUGGAGAGGGGAGGAAAGGGGUAUUAUUUCAAUGAUUAAUAAAAUUGUGAUAAAGAAUUCAGUUGUAUAUGAGAGGCCCUAACCCACUCUGUUGUAAAUUCUGUUGUAAUUAUUUUUCAAAACUUUUGAAUCCAAAUGGAGCUGAUUGGACUCCUUGACACUGUCAGCGAGCUUGAGCACACUGUCAGAGAGCUUGAGGAGGACCAGGAAGUCUGUUAUGACCAUGACGAGCCCAGUGAUGACGAUUUUGAGACAGAUCUGGAGAGUGAUUCAGAUGCUGCAGUGGAGGAUGAUGACGAAAUGGUCGAUGGCAUGGCUCCGACUCCCAAACGGAGGAAGCUGGCGAGGGACAAUGGACUCCAAAAAGCUAAGUCCACAGGAAGAUACCCCGUCUUUGGCGGUGUGGUCGGUCCUGUCGAUCAACUUGAUCCGUCUGUAACUCCAUGCCUAGAUUUUGUUAAGUUACUUUGGCCCGAUAGUUUGUGUGAGUACAUAGCCGAACAGACCAACCUGUACGCUAGGCAGUGUGGUGCUAAGGGUUGGUCAGCUACAAACAGUGCCGAAUUGUGGGUGUUUUUGGGGAUUGUACUAGAGAUGGGCAUUCAUAGGCUCCCUGAAAUUACGGACUACUGGUCCAAGGAUCCCCUUUUAGGUGUACAAUGUGUGAGCAAUGUAAUGUCGCUCAAAAGGUUCCAAAGUUUAUGGCGGUAUCUGCACUGUGAGGACAAUACGUCCAUCACUGAUGCACGUAAGGUAACUAGCAAGCUAAAAACUGUUUUAGAGACUCUUAAAGCCAACUACUUCAUGAGGUAUAAUCCCAGUCAGGAGCUUUCCGUUGAUGAGAUGAUGAUAAAGUACAAGGGUCGUAAAAGCGGGAAAAUUCAUAUGCCCAAGAAGCCUGUUAAACUGGGGUUCAAGGUAUGGUGCUGCUCAUGUUCAUGCUGUGGGUAUCUCUGUGUGUUUGAUGUAUACAGUGGUAAGCUCACCGAUUCCUCUGGGAAAAAGAUAGCUGUGAAAGGGCUUGUGAAAAAUGUAGUCCAUCGUUUACUCACUCCUUUUUAUGGUCAUCAGCAUGUUGUGUACAUGGACAACUUUUACACGUCCGGUCCAUUGAUAGAAGAGUUGGCUAAGCAAAAUGUGUUUACUGUCGGCACAAUUUUGAAGAAUGCUGCUGGUUUCCCAGCAAGUCUUAAGGAUGUGGUACUCGACAAAGGUGACUAUACGUCCAUGACUGUUGGUGAUAUUUCUUACUCUAUGUUUAACGACCGUAGAGUUGUGUCCUUUGCAACAAAUGUGUUCCCUGACCAUAUGCCCCACACUGUAAUGCGAAUGCACAAAGACGGUACCCUACGCUCUCAGAGUGUCCCCCCCUGUCUCCCUGCAUAUAACAUGUACAUGGGAGGAGUUGACAAUACAGGGCGUAUGAGGAAAACCUAUGGGUACGAUAGAAAGUGUCGGCGGUAUUGGUUCAGGAUUUUCUUUCAAUUCCUUGACGUUAGUGUGAAUAAUGCAUACAUUCUAUACAGGCACAACUGUGUCAGGGUGGGUUCAAAGGCCAUGCCUUUGAAAGGGUUUCGAUUGGAACUAAUUCAUAGUCUAUUGGGUGUGCCACGUACUCGUAGCAGUGCCUCAGGUCUGGCCAGUCUAAAUAUCGUUUUCCCCCCAUCACAGGGCGCACGUGUGAGUGCAAAUAGUGUCGGAGUGUCUCGUGGGCGCUGUCAAGUGUGUGUUCGGGAGAAGAUCCCUAGCAGAGAGCAGCAACACACUGCAAUGGCAUGUCCCCACUGUCGCAUAAGAAUAUGCAAAGGACACUCUGUUAUCGGACACACAUGUGCUAGCUAAUGUGCUGUGUGACUGAUUUUUGUUAGAUGGUACUCUCCUGGUCUAAAUUGGCCUUGGAGAGGGGAGGAAAGGGGUAUUAUUUCAAUGAUUAAUAAAAUUGUGAUAAAGAAUUCAGUUGUAUAUGAGAGGCCCUAACCCACUCUGUUGUAAAUUCUGUUGUAAUUAUUUUUCAAAACUUUUGAAUCCAAAUGGAGCUGAUUGGACUCCUUGACACUGUCAGCGAGCUUGAGCACACUGUCAGAGAGCUUGAGGAGGACCAGGAAGUCUGUUAUGACCAUGACGAGCCCAGUGAUGACGAUUUUGAGACAGAUCUGGAGAGUGAUUCAGAUGCUGCAGUGGAGGAUGAUGACGAAAUGGUCGAUGGCAUGGCUCCGACUCCCAAACGGAGGAAGCUGGCGAGGGACAAUGGACUCCAAAAAGCUAAGUCCACAGGAAGAUACCCCGUCUUUGGCGGUGUGGUCGGUCCUGUCGAUCAACUUGAUCCGUCUGUAACUCCAUGCCUAGAUUUUGUUAAGUUACUUUGGCCCGAUAGUUUGUGUGAGUACAUAGCCGAACAGACCAACCUGUACGCUAGGCAGUGUGGUGCUAAGGGUUGGUCAGCUACAAACAGUGCCGAAUUGUGGGUGUUUUUGGGGAUUGUACUAGAGAUGGGCAUUCAUAGGCUCCCUGAAAUUACGGACUACUGGUCCAAGGAUCCCCUUUUAGGUGUACAAUGUGUGAGCAAUGUAAUGUCGCUCAAAAGGUUCCAAAGUUUAUGGCGGUAUCUGCACUGUGAGGACAAUACGUCCAUCACUGAUGCACGUAAGGUAACUAGCAAGCUAAAAACUGUUUUAGAGACUCUUAAAGCCAACUACUUCAUGAGGUAUAAUCCCAGUCAGGAGCUUUCCGUUGAUGAGAUGAUGAUAAAGUACAAGGGUCGUAAAAGCGGGAAAAUUCAUAUGCCCAAGAAGCCUGUUAAACUGGGGUUCAAGGUAUGGUGCUGCUCAUGUUCAUGCUGUGGGUAUCUCUGUGUGUUUGAUGUAUACAGUGGUAAGCUCACCGAUUCCUCUGGGAAAAAGAUAGCUGUGAAAGGGCUUGUGAAAAAUGUAGUCCAUCGUUUACUCACUCCUUUUUAUGGUCAUCAGCAUGUUGUGUACAUGGACAACUUUUACACGUCCGGUCCAUUGAUAGAAGAGUUGGCUAAGCAAAAUGUGUUUACUGUCGGCACAAUUUUGAAGAAUGCUGCUGGUUUCCCAGCAAGUCUUAAGGAUGUGGUACUCGACAAAGGUGACUAUACGUCCAUGACUGUUGGUGAUAUUUCUUACUCUAUGUUUAACGACCGUAGAGUUGUGUCCUUUGCAACAAAUGUGUUCCCUGACCAUAUGCCCCACACUGUAAUGCGAAUGCACAAAGACGGUACCCUACGCUCUCAGAGUGUCCCCCCCUGUCUCCCUGCAUAUAACAUGUACAUGGGAGGAGUUGACAAUACAGGGCGUAUGAGGAAAACCUAUGGGUACGAUAGAAAGUGUCGGCGGUAUUGGUUCAGGAUUUUCUUUCAAUUCCUUGACGUUAGUGUGAAUAAUGCAUACAUUCUAUACAGGCACAACUGUGUCAGGGUGGGUUCAAAGGCCAUGCCUUUGAAAGGGUUUCGAUUGGAACUAAUUCAUAGUCUAUUGGGUGUGCCACGUACUCGUAGCAGUGCCUCAGGUCUGGCCAGUCUAAAUAUCGUUUUCCCCCCAUCACAGGGCGCACGUGUGAGUGCAAAUAGUGUCGGAGUGUCUCGUGGGCGCUGUCAAGUGUGUGUUCGGGAGAAGAUCCCUAGCAGAGAGCAGCAACACACUGCAAUGGCAUGUCCCCACUGUCGCAUAAGAAUAUGCAAAGGACACUCUGUUAUCGGACACACAUGUGCUAGCUAAUGUGCUGUGUGACUGAUUUUUGUUAGAUGGUACUCUCCUGGUCUAAAUUGGCCUUGGAGAGGGGAGGAAAGGGGUAUUAUUUCAAUGAUUAAUAAAAUUGUGAUAAAGAAUUCAGUUGUAUAUGAGAGGCCCUAACCCACUCUGUUGUAAAUUCUGUUGUAAUUAUCUCUUUCCUUGGCAAUCUGUUGUAGAAAUUACAACAAUGGGUAAGGAAUCGUUAUGAUGAAUUAGAUGAAGUUGUAUGUGAGCUCCUCCCUGACAAACAAACUGUAGUCUAGGUAACCGCCUUAUCAGUCAAGUAGGCUAAAAAUCUGUGUCCUUUGAUGUAAGCUUUGAUGUCUCUUUGUGCAUAUGUAGUUAUAAAAAAAAAAAAAAAAAAAAAAGAAACCUUUGACUAGCUAGGAAGAGUAGCAGCAGUAGGCAGCAGUAGUAGUAGCAGUGCAAGCAGGACUAGACUAGAUUAAAAAGUUGGUGGAAAGAAUAACUGACCGUUUGGACGUCACCUGGCUGCCAGACUUUCAUCUGGACUCUUCCCCCUGAGUAGCUGGCCUUUCUCUAAGCCACAAAACUGAGCAAGAAGCUGAAGAAGCAGCUAGACAGAGACAUGUACCUAGCCUUGAGAAUUGGGAGGCGUGGCUCAACUAGUUAGCCCAGCCCAGAGGAAUUGUUACCGUGGGUACUGAACAACCGUAGAAGUAGGGCUACCCCUGGCUUUACUGAAUUAACUAGCUGUGUCUGCUGUCUAGUUGGACCAGAUUUAGCUAGAUAAUGGGGUAGAGAAUAGUUGAGCGGUGCUGUGUGUAGCUUGAACUGUACUGGCUGGCAAGAAUCUAGUAAGCACCCUAUGCACUGAUAACUCGUCAGAAUGGAGGGUAUGUUCUAGGGAUCUGGACAGCUGUACAUCCAAAGGAGCCAGGGAGUGCCAAUCAUCUUCUCCCAGUCUCUGACACGCUAAACAAAAGGAGCUAGAACUGGGAGUCCCAGCUAGAAUUGCUAGCCGGAUCUAGACUAAUAGAAUGACUUGGAGGCGUGGUGAGGCCGGAUCCACACUAAUUGAUCGACCUAAAGACGCUCCUGUUCCAGAUUUCACGAAUGGCAAGGAAAGGGUUAUUUUUCAAAACUUUUGAAUCCAAAUGGAGCUGAUUGGACUCCUUGACACUGUCAGCGAGCUUGAGCACACUGUCAGAGAGCUUGAGGAGGACCAGGAAGUCUGUUAUGACCAUGACGAGCCCAGUGAUGACGAUUUUGAGACAGAUCUGGAGAGUGAUUCAGAUGCUGCAGUGGAGGAUGAUGACGAAAUGGUCGAUGGCAUGGCUCCGACUCCCAAACGGAGGAAGCUGGCGAGGGACAAUGGACUCCAAAAAGCUAAGUCCACAGGAAGAUACCCCGUCUUUGGCGGUGUGGUCGGUCCUGUCGAUCAACUUGAUCCGUCUGUAACUCCAUGCCUAGAUUUUGUUAAGUUACUUUGGCCCGAUAGUUUGUGUGAGUACAUAGCCGAACAGACCAACCUGUACGCUAGGCAGUGUGGUGCUAAGGGUUGGUCAGCUACAAACAGUGCCGAAUUGUGGGUGUUUUUGGGGAUUGUACUAGAGAUGGGCAUUCAUAGGCUCCCUGAAAUUACGGACUACUGGUCCAAGGAUCCCCUUUUAGGUGUACAAUGUGUGAGCAAUGUAAUGUCGCUCAAAAGGUUCCAAAGUUUAUGGCGGUAUCUGCACUGUGAGGACAAUACGUCCAUCACUGAUGCACGUAAGGUAACUAGCAAGCUAAAAACUGUUUUAGAGACUCUUAAAGCCAACUACUUCAUGAGGUAUAAUCCCAGUCAGGAGCUUUCCGUUGAUGAGAUGAUGAUAAAGUACAAGGGUCGUAAAAGCGGGAAAAUUCAUAUGCCCAAGAAGCCUGUUAAACUGGGGUUCAAGGUAUGGUGCUGCUCAUGUUCAUGCUGUGGGUAUCUCUGUGUGUUUGAUGUAUACAGUGGUAAGCUCACCGAUUCCUCUGGGAAAAAGAUAGCUGUGAAAGGGCUUGUGAAAAAUGUAGUCCAUCGUUUACUCACUCCUUUUUAUGGUCAUCAGCAUGUUGUGUACAUGGACAACUUUUACACGUCCGGUCCAUUGAUAGAAGAGUUGGCUAAGCAAAAUGUGUUUACUGUCGGCACAAUUUUGAAGAAUGCUGCUGGUUUCCCAGCAAGUCUUAAGGAUGUGGUACUCGACAAAGGUGACUAUACGUCCAUGACUGUUGGUGAUAUUUCUUACUCUAUGUUUAACGACCGUAGAGUUGUGUCCUUUGCAACAAAUGUGUUCCCUGACCAUAUGCCCCACACUGUAAUGCGAAUGCACAAAGACGGUACCCUACGCUCUCAGAGUGUCCCCCCCUGUCUCCCUGCAUAUAACAUGUACAUGGGAGGAGUUGACAAUACAGGGCGUAUGAGGAAAACCUAUGGGUACGAUAGAAAGUGUCGGCGGUAUUGGUUCAGGAUUUUCUUUCAAUUCCUUGACGUUAGUGUGAAUAAUGCAUACAUUCUAUACAGGCACAACUGUGUCAGGGUGGGUUCAAAGGCCAUGCCUUUGAAAGGGUUUCGAUUGGAACUAAUUCAUAGUCUAUUGGGUGUGCCACGUACUCGUAGCAGUGCCUCAGGUCUGGCCAGUCUAAAUAUCGUUUUCCCCCCAUCACAGGGCGCACGUGUGAGUGCAAAUAGUGUCGGAGUGUCUCGUGGGCGCUGUCAAGUGUGUGUUCGGGAGAAGAUCCCUAGCAGAGAGCAGCAACACACUGCAAUGGCAUGUCCCCACUGUCGCAUAAGAAUAUGCAAAGGACACUCUGUUAUCGGACACACAUGUGCUAGCUAAUGUGCUGUGUGACUGAUUUUUGUUAGAUGGUACUCUCCUGGUCUAAAUUGGCCUUGGAGAGGGGAGGAAAGGGGUAUUAUUUCAAUGAUUAAUAAAAUUGUGAUAAAGAAUUCAGUUGUAUAUGAGAGGCCCUAACCCACUCUGUUGUAAAUUCUGUUGUAAUUAUUUUUCAAAACUUUUGAAUCCAAAUGGAGCUGAUUGGACUCCUUGACACUGUCAGCGAGCUUGAGCACACUGUCAGAGAGCUUGAGGAGGACCAGGAAGUCUGUUAUGACCAUGACGAGCCCAGUGAUGACGAUUUUGAGACAGAUCUGGAGAGUGAUUCAGAUGCUGCAGUGGAGGAUGAUGACGAAAUGGUCGAUGGCAUGGCUCCGACUCCCAAACGGAGGAAGCUGGCGAGGGACAAUGGACUCCAAAAAGCUAAGUCCACAGGAAGAUACCCCGUCUUUGGCGGUGUGGUCGGUCCUGUCGAUCAACUUGAUCCGUCUGUAACUCCAUGCCUAGAUUUUGUUAAGUUACUUUGGCCCGAUAGUUUGUGUGAGUACAUAGCCGAACAGACCAACCUGUACGCUAGGCAGUGUGGUGCUAAGGGUUGGUCAGCUACAAACAGUGCCGAAUUGUGGGUGUUUUUGGGGAUUGUACUAGAGAUGGGCAUUCAUAGGCUCCCUGAAAUUACGGACUACUGGUCCAAGGAUCCCCUUUUAGGUGUACAAUGUGUGAGCAAUGUAAUGUCGCUCAAAAGGUUCCAAAGUUUAUGGCGGUAUCUGCACUGUGAGGACAAUACGUCCAUCACUGAUGCACGUAAGGUAACUAGCAAGCUAAAAACUGUUUUAGAGACUCUUAAAGCCAACUACUUCAUGAGGUAUAAUCCCAGUCAGGAGCUUUCCGUUGAUGAGAUGAUGAUAAAGUACAAGGGUCGUAAAAGCGGGAAAAUUCAUAUGCCCAAGAAGCCUGUUAAACUGGGGUUCAAGGUAUGGUGCUGCUCAUGUUCAUGCUGUGGGUAUCUCUGUGUGUUUGAUGUAUACAGUGGUAAGCUCACCGAUUCCUCUGGGAAAAAGAUAGCUGUGAAAGGGCUUGUGAAAAAUGUAGUCCAUCGUUUACUCACUCCUUUUUAUGGUCAUCAGCAUGUUGUGUACAUGGACAACUUUUACACGUCCGGUCCAUUGAUAGAAGAGUUGGCUAAGCAAAAUGUGUUUACUGUCGGCACAAUUUUGAAGAAUGCUGCUGGUUUCCCAGCAAGUCUUAAGGAUGUGGUACUCGACAAAGGUGACUAUACGUCCAUGACUGUUGGUGAUAUUUCUUACUCUAUGUUUAACGACCGUAGAGUUGUGUCCUUUGCAACAAAUGUGUUCCCUGACCAUAUGCCCCACACUGUAAUGCGAAUGCACAAAGACGGUACCCUACGCUCUCAGAGUGUCCCCCCCUGUCUCCCUGCAUAUAACAUGUACAUGGGAGGAGUUGACAAUACAGGGCGUAUGAGGAAAACCUAUGGGUACGAUAGAAAGUGUCGGCGGUAUUGGUUCAGGAUUUUCUUUCAAUUCCUUGACGUUAGUGUGAAUAAUGCAUACAUUCUAUACAGGCACAACUGUGUCAGGGUGGGUUCAAAGGCCAUGCCUUUGAAAGGGUUUCGAUUGGAACUAAUUCAUAGUCUAUUGGGUGUGCCACGUACUCGUAGCAGUGCCUCAGGUCUGGCCAGUCUAAAUAUCGUUUUCCCCCCAUCACAGGGCGCACGUGUGAGUGCAAAUAGUGUCGGAGUGUCUCGUGGGCGCUGUCAAGUGUGUGUUCGGGAGAAGAUCCCUAGCAGAGAGCAGCAACACACUGCAAUGGCAUGUCCCCACUGUCGCAUAAGAAUAUGCAAAGGACACUCUGUUAUCGGACACACAUGUGCUAGCUAAUGUGCUGUGUGACUGAUUUUUGUUAGAUGGUACUCUCCUGGUCUAAAUUGGCCUUGGAGAGGGGAGGAAAGGGGUAUUAUUUCAAUGAUUAAUAAAAUUGUGAUAAAGAAUUCAGUUGUAUAUGAGAGGCCCUAACCCACUCUGUUGUAAAUUCUGUUGUAAUUAUUUUUCAAAACUUUUGAAUCCAAAUGGAGCUGAUUGGACUCCUUGACACUGUCAGCGAGCUUGAGCACACUGUCAGAGAGCUUGAGGAGGACCAGGAAGUCUGUUAUGACCAUGACGAGCCCAGUGAUGACGAUUUUGAGACAGAUCUGGAGAGUGAUUCAGAUGCUGCAGUGGAGGAUGAUGACGAAAUGGUCGAUGGCAUGGCUCCGACUCCCAAACGGAGGAAGCUGGCGAGGGACAAUGGACUCCAAAAAGCUAAGUCCACAGGAAGAUACCCCGUCUUUGGCGGUGUGGUCGGUCCUGUCGAUCAACUUGAUCCGUCUGUAACUCCAUGCCUAGAUUUUGUUAAGUUACUUUGGCCCGAUAGUUUGUGUGAGUACAUAGCCGAACAGACCAACCUGUACGCUAGGCAGUGUGGUGCUAAGGGUUGGUCAGCUACAAACAGUGCCGAAUUGUGGGUGUUUUUGGGGAUUGUACUAGAGAUGGGCAUUCAUAGGCUCCCUGAAAUUACGGACUACUGGUCCAAGGAUCCCCUUUUAGGUGUACAAUGUGUGAGCAAUGUAAUGUCGCUCAAAAGGUUCCAAAGUUUAUGGCGGUAUCUGCACUGUGAGGACAAUACGUCCAUCACUGAUGCACGUAAGGUAACUAGCAAGCUAAAAACUGUUUUAGAGACUCUUAAAGCCAACUACUUCAUGAGGUAUAAUCCCAGUCAGGAGCUUUCCGUUGAUGAGAUGAUGAUAAAGUACAAGGGUCGUAAAAGCGGGAAAAUUCAUAUGCCCAAGAAGCCUGUUAAACUGGGGUUCAAGGUAUGGUGCUGCUCAUGUUCAUGCUGUGGGUAUCUCUGUGUGUUUGAUGUAUACAGUGGUAAGCUCACCGAUUCCUCUGGGAAAAAGAUAGCUGUGAAAGGGCUUGUGAAAAAUGUAGUCCAUCGUUUACUCACUCCUUUUUAUGGUCAUCAGCAUGUUGUGUACAUGGACAACUUUUACACGUCCGGUCCAUUGAUAGAAGAGUUGGCUAAGCAAAAUGUGUUUACUGUCGGCACAAUUUUGAAGAAUGCUGCUGGUUUCCCAGCAAGUCUUAAGGAUGUGGUACUCGACAAAGGUGACUAUACGUCCAUGACUGUUGGUGAUAUUUCUUACUCUAUGUUUAACGACCGUAGAGUUGUGUCCUUUGCAACAAAUGUGUUCCCUGACCAUAUGCCCCACACUGUAAUGCGAAUGCACAAAGACGGUACCCUACGCUCUCAGAGUGUCCCCCCCUGUCUCCCUGCAUAUAACAUGUACAUGGGAGGAGUUGACAAUACAGGGCGUAUGAGGAAAACCUAUGGGUACGAUAGAAAGUGUCGGCGGUAUUGGUUCAGGAUUUUCUUUCAAUUCCUUGACGUUAGUGUGAAUAAUGCAUACAUUCUAUACAGGCACAACUGUGUCAGGGUGGGUUCAAAGGCCAUGCCUUUGAAAGGGUUUCGAUUGGAACUAAUUCAUAGUCUAUUGGGUGUGCCACGUACUCGUAGCAGUGCCUCAGGUCUGGCCAGUCUAAAUAUCGUUUUCCCCCCAUCACAGGGCGCACGUGUGAGUGCAAAUAGUGUCGGAGUGUCUCGUGGGCGCUGUCAAGUGUGUGUUCGGGAGAAGAUCCCUAGCAGAGAGCAGCAACACACUGCAAUGGCAUGUCCCCACUGUCGCAUAAGAAUAUGCAAAGGACACUCUGUUAUCGGACACACAUGUGCUAGCUAAUGUGCUGUGUGACUGAUUUUUGUUAGAUGGUACUCUCCUGGUCUAAAUUGGCCUUGGAGAGGGGAGGAAAGGGGUAUUAUUUCAAUGAUUAAUAAAAUUGUGAUAAAGAAUUCAGUUGUAUAUGAGAGGCCCUAACCCACUCUGUUGUAAAUUCUGUUGUAAUUAUCUCUUUCCUUGGCAAUCUGUUGUAGAAAUUACAACAAUGGGUAAGGAAUCGUUAUGAUGAAUUAGAUGAAGUUGUAUGUGAGCUCCUCCCUGACAAACAAACUGUAGUCUAGGUAACCGCCUUAUCAGUCAAGUAGGCUAAAAAUCUGUGUCCUUUGAUGUAAGCUUUGAUGUCUCUUUGUGCAUAUGUAGUUAUAAAAAAAAAAAAAAAAAAAAAAGAAA